AAAAGCCUCAUUAAGCACAAGUAGGAUCGCUGUGUGCUCCAAUGAAUGUCACGGUGCUUCCCAUCUGGCUCUUACUCUCACUCAUGGCCGCCCAGGGCCUCACGGCACCCACAUCCAUGCCGGAGGGAAUGGGCUCUCCUUCCCCUACUGCACACGCUGACAUGAUAACAGCCACAAAAUACCUUAAGAGCUACUACAAUCUGCAAGAGGACCCCUUGGUUCCCUGGAAGAGAAGAUGUCUGACCUUUGCAUCCAAACUGGAAAACAUGCAGAUGUUCUUCGGGCUCAAUGCAACAGGCAGACUGGAUCGAGGCACAUUAGAGGUAAUGAGGAGGCCUCGCUGUGGAGUUCCGGAUUUCAAAGAGCACAGCAGUCACAUCCAAGGGGCACAAAGGAAAAAGGUCAUCACUUACUGCAUUGGCAGGUACACCAAAGACAUGCCUCGCAGCACAAUUGACUCACUGCUCGGGUCCGCUUUCCGCGUUUGGGCCAGAGCCAGUGGUCUGACAUUUGUCCGCUCGCAGACCCAGAAUGCUGACAUCAAAGUGGAGUUUGUCACAAAAGAACAUGGUGAUUCGUUUGCAUUUGAUGGACCCAGUGGCUCGUUGGCUCAUGCUUUUGCUCCAGGACAGGGUGUCGCAGGAGAAAUGCACUUUGACGAUGAUGAACACUGGACAACAAGAGGAACAUCUGGUUUUAAUCUCAUAGUUGUGGCUGCACAUGAAUUUGGCCACAUGUUGGGUCUGAAGCAUUCAAGGAACCCCACAUCAAUCAUGCACCCCAACUACAAAGCCUAUCCAUUAGGGGCUGACCUCCUUUCCCAAGAAGACAUCACCAAUAUAAAUGCACUUUACCGCCCACCCCAAGACCGCCCAGUAUACUUUUCAAGAACGUACCCUCGACGCAUACGAAACAGAUGCGCUCCUGAUGUGACCUUCGAUGCAGUCUCCACACUUGGGGAUGCCACAAUUUUUUUCAAAGACAGAUAUCUUUGGAUUAAACACAAUGAGGCGUAUGACAUCAAAGAAGGUCCGACUACCAACUUCAUGCCCAAGAUAGAAACCAGCAUUGAUGCUGCCUUCUGGGUACCACGCAGGUCUACUGCUUACCUCAUUCAUGAAUCAAUGUUCUGGACGGUGAAAGGCUCCGUAGUGAAGGGAAAGCCCAGAGCUCUGUGCCAUUUUGGCUUCCCAGCCUGGGUGCAAGAUGUUGACGCCGCUGUACACAUUGUUAAAACAGGACGCACCCUCUUCUUUAUGCAUGAUAUUUAUUGGAGCUACAAUGAAAAUAGAAGAGUAAUGGAUUUCGGUUAUCCAAAAUACAUCAGCGAGGACUUUCCUGGAAUUAACUCAACAAUAAAUGCUGCUGUUUACAAAGAAGGUUUCAUCUACUUCUUUGUUGGACUUCAAGUCUACAAGUAUGACUACACCCACAAACUAAUUGCUGGAGUUGAGAAAGCAAAUUCCUGGCUUGGGUGUUGACGGUCAGCAAUGACUUUGGAUUCUUCACCCGACCAGGGAUCACAUGACAAACACUCUGUGCUUCUUUACCUGUGUUUUGUAGUUAAUAGAACUCAAGGGUUACUAUUUAUAGUAAACCUGAGAAUGUGUAUGGUUGGAUCAAAUCUAAAAGAUAAAUAAAAUCUUUACUUAAAAAAGUCUUACUUAGAUAGUUCUCCUACAUCAAUGUCGUGAAAGACAGAGGAGAAUGGCUGAACGGAUUUAGCUGCAUCAAAUAAAUACAGG